AUGGCAACUCCUAGGCCAUCAAAUCAGGAACUCGUGCAGACCGUUCGAUCUUUACGCGAAGAGAUUCGAACAUUAGAUGCUAAAGCCUCUCAACUUGACCGAGAUUUGGAAGAAUAUGGGGUGGUGAUGGAUACUUUAAAAAAGGCAGAACCAGAUCGAAAAUGCUUCAGAUUAGUCGGAGGAGUCCUCGUGGGACGUACAGUCAAGGAGAUCUUACCAGGAUUAGAACAACAGAGGUCAAACAUUGAUGAAGUUUUGAAAUCAUUGGCGUCACAUUAUCAAAAGAAGAGUGUUGAAUUGCAAGAAUAUCAGCAAAAGUGGAACAUCAAGAUCACUACCGCACCCUCAUGA